UUUCAACCAAUUAGAGAGAAGAAUAACAUUCACAUCGAAUGUAAUCAACAUUUUUCUGACAACUGACAGCUGAACUGUUCUGUUUUUCUUUAUUCUAGGAAAUAUAUGUAGGACAAACCUCAAGAGAAAAAUGCCGGAGAAGCAAGAUGAUUGUGUUAGAGUAUGUGUAAGGUGUAGACCUUUAAAUGACACAGAAGUUAAACAAGGAUGUGUAAUGUGUGUGAAGGUUGAUGAAGUGAGAGGAUCCAUUGAGGUAAAAAUUCCUAACAGUAACAAUGGAGAACCUCCCAAAAAGUUCACAUUUGAUAUGGUGUUUGGUCCAAAUUCUAAACAAGUGGACUUGUAUAAUCAGGCAGCAAGACCUAUUGUAGACUUCGUAUUGGAGGGAUACAAUGGAACUAUAUUUGCCUAUGGUCAGACUGGUACUGGGAAGACUUUUACUAUGGAAGGUGUGAGAGCAGUACCAGAACUAAGAGGAAUAAUACCUAAUUCGUUUGCUCAUAUAUUUGGUAAAAUAGCAAAAGCGGAGGGAGACACAAGAUUUUUAGUAAGGGUAUCAUAUUUGGAAAUUUACAAUGAAGAGGUGAGAGAUCUGCUACAUAAAGACCAAAAUCAGAGAUUAGAAGUGAAAGAGAGACCAGAUGUAGGUGUUUAUGUCAAAGAUUUAUCUGCUUUUGCUGUAAAUAAUGCAGAUGACAUGGACAGAAUAAUGACAUUGGGAAAUAAAAAUCGUUCAGUAGGAGCUACCAAUAUGAAUAUGCACAGCUCUAGAUCUCAUGCUAUAUUUUCUGUUACUGUGGAAUGCAGUGAGAAAGGUCCUGAUGGCAAGCAUCAUGUCAGAGCUGGCAAACUUCACUUAGUAGAUUUGGCUGGUUCAGAGAGACAAGCUAAGACUGGUGCUACAGGUCAAAGGUUAAAAGAGGCCACAAAAAUCAAUUUGUCUUUGUCUACCCUUGGUAAUGUAAUAUCCUCAUUGGUUGAUGGUAAAAGUACACAUAUACCAUACAGAAACUCUAAACUGACACGUCUGUUGCAGGAUUCAUUAGGCGGGAACUCUAAAACUGCUAUGAUAGCCAACAUAGGUCCAGCAGAUUAUAAUUUUGAUGAAUCUAUCAGUUCUUUACGAUAUGCUAAUCGUGCCAAGAAUAUCAAAAACAAAGCUAAGAUUAAUGAAGAUCCUAAAGAUGCUUUACUCAGACAAUUCCAGAAAGAAAUUGAAGAACUUAGAAAACAACUUGAAGAAGGAUCAGAUUAUGAGGGUGGCUCCGAGUCUGAAUCAGAGGAGGAAGUUGUAGGUGAAGACGGAGUUGUUAGACGUAGGAAGAAACAAAGAAGGAAGAAAAAGGAAGGUGGUGGUAAGAAAGGAAACCACAUAUCUAAAGAAAAAAUGUCAGAAAUACAGGCCAUUAUUGAGAAGGACAGAAAGUUACUGGAACAAAAGAAAGACAUGGCUGAGGAAGAGAGAAAUAAAGUUAAAAAUGAAUUAGAAACUAGGGAAUCAGAACUUAAAAAAUACCAAGAAGAACAAGAACAACUUCAUCAGAAACUGGCAGCCAUUGAGAAGAAGUUGAUUGUUGGCGGUGAAAAUCUGUUAGAAAAAGCAGAAGAGCAAGAAAGAUUGUUAGAGGAAAGUGCCAUGGAAUUACAGGAGAGGAAAGAAAAGGAAGAAGAAUUAAGGACAGCUUUAGAGGAAAAGGAGCAAGAAAGAUUAGACAUAGAAGAAAAAUACUCCAAUUUACAAGAAGAAAAAGCUGGAAAAACAAAAAAGUUGAAGAAAGUUUGGACUAUGCUAAUGCAAGCCAAAUCUGAGAUUGCAGAUUUACAGCAAGAACAUCAGAGAGAGAUGGAAGGUUUGUUGGAGAAUGUACGACAAUUGAGUAGGGAGUUGAAAUUACAAAUGGUAGUUAUAGACAACUUUAUACCUCCAGAAUAUCAGGAAAUGAUAGAACAGCAUGUCCAUUGGAAUGAUGAUAUUGGAGAAUGGCAGCUCAAAUGUGUCGCAUACACUGGAAACAACAUGAUGAAAACACAACAAAAAGAUCAGGAUAAAAAUGAGUUAAAAGAACCAGACUUGUCUAACGUAUACCUAGCCUAUACUGCUGAAGGGGCAGCUGAAGCCAUGAAACCAAAAGCAAGUAAAUCGGGAAGACCCAAAUCUAGUAAACCUAAGUCUGCUAGACCUAAAAGUUCCAAAAAGAAAAGAGACCAGUCUAACCUUGACGAACUGUUACAGUAACUCUACACCUCCAACCUUGAUGAGCUGUUACAGUAACUUUACACCUUAGAUGCAGCCAUUGUUGUUAUUAAGUUUAUUGCAUAUUUUGGACAGUAUGUUUAAUUAUUUAUCAAUUACAUGAGGUCAACCUUUAUUGAAUCAUAAAAUAAUUUAUGUUGGUCUUUUUUAUCUUACAUUUUGAAAGAAUAUGUUAUGCAAUUUACAGUAGCGAAAGGAGGUUGACAAUAGCUAUACCUGUAAUUUUGUUAUUGUUGAUAACACAGUAAUAUUAAAUGCAUACAAGUAACAUUAAAAAAAAAUACAAUAGAAAUAAAAAAUUCCCUGGAAAUUUCUUGCACACUGAUUUAAAAUUGAAGUAAUAUACAGUAUUUUAAAUAACAGCUCUGUGAAUGAUCUCACAAUGGUUAUGUAAAGUUUGUUGGCAUGUAACUUUUUAUUAGAUCUGUAAGGUUGUUUCUUUUUUAAUUAAGUAUUGCACAAUAUUUUGCUAUAUGUGUUGAACUGAAUGACAAAAGGUAAAAAAAUAAUUUGUUGAAUUUCUUUUUUCCAAAUAGUCAAAGUGAGAAUAUUCUUUUGGUUUCAGACAUAUUUAUUGCAUGAAAUUUAAUAGUGCUUUGAAAGGUUGUGAUUCAUAAAUGUGAUAUGUAUAUGGGAAACGAAUCAGUUAAAUUAUUUAAGUAUGUGUGUUUUGGUGCAUGUGUGUGAGGUAAUUUGAGAGAUGUUACAUAUUUGUAAAACUUGUAAUACAUGUACAUGUUGUCCACAUGAUUGGAAACCAGAAAUAUAAACAGGCCUGGCUUUCUUUGUGAAUAUUGAUAUAAUUAGUGCAUGGCAUUAUUUACAUCAAUUGUGUUUUGUACAAAUCAUACUUCCAAAGAAUCCUCUAAAUACUACUAGAAACUCAUGCAGAUUUAUUCCCCACAAUUUACAAACAUGACUUUAGAUAAAUAUAUGAAUCCUUUAUUGUGUAACAAUGUACAGGGUAUAUGCAAGAUAGAUUACAAUGCAAACAAAUGUAAAACUUUUAUAAUGUCGAUCGAUUCUUCUUCUGUGUCAUAUUUAAAGUAUUUUUUAUAUUUAAACAUGGGUUUACUUAAAUAUGUUUGUCAAUUUUGUCAAGCUUAGUUCAUAACCUUUCAGUUGUAAUUAAAUAUCAUGUUUGUGCAACUGUUCUUAAGUUGGAUACAAAGUGAAAAUACAAGUGUCUUGAAUUGAAUUAUAGGACUUAUUAGAGUAAUUUGAUGAUAGAUUUUCUUUAAACAUGUACCCAACCUUCUUCCUUAUCUGUUUUACAAUGAAUAUUGAUUUAUGUUUGCAUUGAUUUAACUUAAUUUUAUAUUGUCCUGUUAGAUUUUCUUUGAGAAAGCAUGUAAGAUCUGAAAAUAAAGCCCGUGGAGUGUUUUAUAAUUAAAUGUUUUGUUCUCUUUAUUUCAGUUGUAGAGGCUUUAUAUCUCUUCUCUUCAAUCAUUGAAGACCUGAGUAUGACUAAAUCCAUCCAUAUUUUUAUUGUUUGUGUUUUUUAUUGAUAUUUAUUCUUUGUAUACAAUAUUUUUUACAUUAUGAUUUAUGAACAAAGUCUUUUUACUUGUUAUUGCAUGUCUGUAGAUUUAUUCUGAACUUUUUGUUUUUCUUCUGUUCGUAUAAUAUUUCAUCCAAAUGCUGGUACUAUUUAUCAGAUAACUGACUCAAAUGUUACUUUUUAAGGAGUGUCUCGAUUCAAUUAGAAUUUAAAAGUCAUUGUUGUUUAUUGGCUGGAUUAUAUUUUUUAAAUUUCAAACUAUGAAUGAAUGUAAUGUAAUUUUCUUAUAAAUUGUUUAAUUAAACCUAGUGUGAAAAAAAAUCUCUUUAUCAAAAGAAACUGUUGCACCUAUUGAAUGAAUAUGUAAAGAGCUGUUCUUCAAAAAUGUGUAUGGUAAUUCAUCUAUUGUUUCAUAGCUGCAUUUUAGUUUCAGUCAUAGGAAAAAAAAGCUGGAAACAAAGUUGCCUCUGAAAUCAUACAAUGUUGUUACCAAUUGCAAAUUUCAUUUUGGAUGUACUAAUGAUUUAUAUUUUUUUAUAAUAAAGCAGUUGUACUUUG